CAAAUUUAAUUCAACCAUCAACUGAACCAAAUUUAAAUACACCACCACCACCGUAUGAACUAAGUUUAUUCCCACCUCCAUAUGAACUAAGUUUAUUUCCACCUCCACCACCGUAUGAACCAUGUUUAUAUCCACUACCACCCAAUUCAGUUAUACCAGCACCAAAUGUAAUUUUUCUUCCACCAAAUGUAAAUCCAUUACCCCAACCGCAGUUUAAUCCAAUGCCCUAUCAGUUGGUGCCAUUUGUGACAAACUAUUGUCCUCCUUAUUUAUUGCCGUCACCUUUGCCUUAUCCAUAUCAGAACACGGAGCAUAUCGAAAGAAAUGAUUCCGUAAAUAAUAGAUGACUAGAUACAUAUUCCGACUCUGCCUGUCAUUAUUAUCCUCGGAAAAUGACAGGACAAUAUUUAAGCCUUUUACGCUCAAUUAAUAAUGAAUACGAUCUUCAAGAAUUAGUUGGUACUGGAGCAUUUUCUAAUGUUUAUAGAGCUAAAGUAGCCGCAACCAACGCUACAGUAGCAAUUAAAUCUUACAAAAUCAAAAAUAACUUUUUAACUGCGCUGUUUAGAAUUGCUUCUGAAAUGGCUAUAAUGAAUAUUGUAAAUCAUGAAAAUUUAAUCAGAUUUAUGGGUGGUAACUUGACUAACGAGGCUGUGUACCUGGUGUUGGAAUAUGCCCCAAUGGGAACUUUACGCAAAUUUGUGGUUGAUAAAGUAAAAUUUUCCCCACGUCAACUACAAAAUUUGAUAAGACAACUCUUGAAUGGCCUAAUUUACUUACAUACCUUAAGCAUUAUGCAUGGUGAUGUCAAGCCAGAAAACAUUUUAGUUUUUUCUGUCGAACCAGAUAUUAUGGUUAAAUUAUCUGAUUUUGGAUUGUCUGAAAUUAUAAUGGGAUCACGACGUAUGUUUAAACAUUCAGGAACAUAUUCGUACAUGGCACCUGAGUUGCAUUUCAAUUUCCCGUACGACACCAGCUCUGAUUUGUAUUCAGUUGGUGUUGUUUUAUAUGAACUGAUUUAUGGCCGAAAACCUAUACAAAAAUCGAUAUUUGUAGAUUAUUUGAAUCUAUUGAGAAGAAGAGUGGAAAUAAAGUUUGAUUCACGUAAUGGAUAUCCUCGUCAGUGCAUCAAUUUUGUGAAAUCUUUGUUGAAUUAUGACAAACAAAAUCGGCCGACUAUUGAAGAGCUUCUGAACAAUAGAUACUUAGAACUUACACCACCAAACCAUUCUAACGAAAAUCACUACCAAGGCAGCUGCAGAAGUUUCAUUAAAAGUUCACAAUAUUUGAAAGGAGGUAAUGUUGGCCUUGCUUACAUCUAUGGAGUGCGAGGUUUUUUGCAGUUGAGAUUAUAUGCAAACACUAUAACAAAUAAUGAAGGAUUGCUCAUGUACUUGGAACAUAAGCUACGGAAAUAUGCUGAUUAUAUAAAUGCAUUGCAGAGAAAAUUGUUAUCUGAAAGUGACAUUUUUAUUAAUUUUGACUCUCACAUUAAUGAAGAUAGUUUCCGAAGUACGCUGUUUUCUACCUCUGCUCUUUUGGAUGCUUACGAUCUAUGUCUAGUGGGAAAUAUGUAUAUUGCCAAUAAAUCGAACGAUAUAGGUAUCCCUAAACUUGAAAAAGGAUUGUCUCUUUUAUUCUCCAAUUUACUUACAGAACCUAUGGGAGAACGUAAAAGAAUAUUAAUGGCUAAAUUGAAGCAAUGGGUAUGCCUUCUUGAAAAGCUACACAGAGACAGACAAAAUAGGGUAACCCUGGUGAAAAGUUUAGGAGAAAAAUUUAAGCCAAUAUAAUCAAUUUUGAUAUUUAUGUUACAUUAGAAAAUGUUCUGUGAUACUAAAUCACUAUUUUUCUAUUUAGUUAGUUUAUUGAAAAAGUUUGCGUUCCUUUGUGAAUUUAAAUGUUUUUUUUUGUGAUAAAUAUUCUAAAAUUGUCGUUCCGCCUUUGAGGCGCUAAAGAAUUUCAUAUUUGGUUUGCGAGAGCUACAUUUAUCAGUAUUGUUAAAUUUGGUAUAUUAUUUAGUUGAAUGAAUUUUUUCUAUUGAAUUUACCAAAGUAUAAAAUAUUUCAAAACAUAUUCAAGAAUAUUACAUUAAGUACAGUUUAUGUCGGAAAAAUUUCAUGACUUGAAACUAAUAGUUAUGUCAAAUAUUUCUGCCUAUUUUUUAAUACAUUAAGUACAUACAAGUAACAUUAACCCACACUGAUUUUCAUUUUGCAAAUGAUGAGAUAUCGAUAAAUUCUAGGAACUUUUCACAUACAUUUGAAUCCUAUAAUCUCAUCAGUCUUAUAAACCAACAUGUUAUCCUCUUCAGAAACCUUUUUGGAGAUGAUUACAUGGUUAUAUGAAUAAACGCAGAUAGUUCCAGAAUUUCCUAUUUGUUAAUGAUUUUUCGAUUAUCAGUGUAGUGUAUUAAUAAUGCUUGCUAGUCAAGUAACAAAUUGUACCUCAUUCAAAUGCUUUAAGCGAAAGACUUAUUUGGACCAUGUUACCUGACUUACUGGUUGUGAUGAUUCAAGAUAUUUCUUGAACCUAUGUACCUUUUGUUUGAUGUUUAAAGCUGGGGUAUACAUUUUGAUGGUAUUCCUCACACGCACUUGUCUAUCAAUGUUAAAUCCCUCCCUCUUCUUCUGUCAAGUUCAUAUAUCUUUUUAUGGAUUUUUCUAGUCAUACUCAAAACUCCCACUUAUUAUUUCCAGUUUCAAUAUUUUGUCGUAUCUGGAAGUUUUUUUCUGUCAAUUCUAUUGUAUCUUAUACUUCUGCUUCGAUUGUUGUAAUUGUUUUCACCACACCUUCCCUCGGUUGGGUAAUUUACCCCUUAAACAUCCUUGAUACAAUUCCAUGGUAUUUUUUUCGCCUUAUCAUAAUAUGUAUGGUUUCUUCUGUUGGAUUAAGAUUUCUUUAAAUUAUCCAAUUUUCAAUCAAAGAUAUCUUUCUCCAUAGCUUGCUGUUUUGCACUGUUUCUUCACCAAUUAUUUUUAUUUCCUUUCAAAGUGUUUUCCUUCUAUGCUAUUUUUCCGUGCCUUAUAAAUGAUAUUAUGGUCUAUACAAUUCUGGGUCACAUUUUAAUAUUCAGUAUCCUUUGUAAAAAGCAAUCUAUUGGUUUUAGUAUUAAAUACUAGUAUCACUACACCAACAUUCAAAACUACAUUGUCUGGUCUUUCGAGCCGGAUAGAAAUUAUUUAAGUAGUCCACGCAGUGUAAUUGUCGGUGUUAAUGUAGUGGUACUAUAAACAAGAACUUUCACUCAGUUAUCCGUUUUAGCUGAGAAUUCCAAGUGUGUAAUAUUAUUUCUUGUUUCGUAAUUCGGGUUUUGUUUUUCCAUUUAUAUUUCUACCAGAAUCAAAGUAUUGGUACAUUGUUAGACAAGUUUAAAAUGUACCCUUUUUUAACGCUUUAAACAAGACUGAUAUUAUAAAUAAAAUAUACAGAGUGAGUUGUAAAUGUAUUUUAAAAACGAGAAUUUAUAAAUUUUUUUUUACUUGACUCACUCGAAAGUGAUAUUUUUAUAUAGAAUAGUUGGCAGUUACUCGCCUAUUUAUGCUUUUGUUCGUUUUUUGUUUGUUUCGUUUCAAUUUCAUUACAGUUUGUUAUUAGAAUGUAAAUUUGUUUGGAUUUGUCAAUUAAUCUUUGAAUUUUGAUUGUUCUUAAUCAAAUUGAAUAUAAUUCUCAAAAAAUUUAUGAAACCGAAUAAAAAACUCCGAUUAACGUUGACUGAAUAUUGGAGCUCAGUAACUAGGUGCAAUAAGUUUUUUGUGAUAAAAUAAACGUUUUUUCAGAAUUAAUAACAUUCUAAUUCUAAACUGUUUUGAAAAAUAAUAUAUGAUUGUUUUUGUUGGAAUUAUUCGUUAGUUUUUACUUGUAAAUGAAUUUUUGAAAGUUUAUUAUACAUAAGCUCAAAAUUGUCUUUCAAAUGUCACAAAUGUAAAACAAUUAGUUUAAAAUCUCAUUUUCUAAACAACUUUCAAAAGUUGAUUUACCAUUUUCGUACUGUGUUCAGUUAGUUCAGUUUGUUUCAAUAAAUUGUUCCGUUCCUUCAAA